UGCCUCUGCAUUUUGUGUACUAGUCAGGACUGCAGCAAUCCUGAGUACCCACAGAGUCACUGCUAUAUCAGGUUCACCUGAUUCCACCAGUAGCUUGAAAGUGGAUUCAUGAGGUGAUGGAAGACUUGGGUGGUGGGUUGUUAUUGCCCACCCAUGGGGCCAGACUCACUGGCCUGUCCCCUGUGUCAUCUAUCACCUUCCUGCCACCCCCGACAUCCGGCCAACGUCAGGCUUGGUGUUCAUCCUGGAGGGACCUGUCUCGGGGGCGGGCCAGGCAGUCAGACAAGUCUGACAGGUACCUUGGGAACCUGGGAUCUGGAGGGAGUGGUGCCAAGGCAGCACCUUCCUGCAGGGAGGGGCACCUAGUUUGCAGCUGCUGGUAGGCAGAGUACUGGGGUCAGAACUGCCAGGGACGUGUCAGGCAGAGGGAGGUGGCAACAACAGGUAGGAAGAGCCCAAGGCCCACUGGGGUCUGUCGUUGGGAAUCUGGCACCUGCUCUGGGCCUCUGUCCUUUCUCUGUGUUGCUGGGCUCCAAUCCUGAGGCUUGCAUUUCCUCUCUUCCUCAUCUGCCCCUCCUGGGAUCUGGUAUGGACCCCCCCCAGAAUCGAACUAGUUCUUAGAGGUCCCCAUCUUUUGUUCCUCUCCAUGUUGGAGCCUCCCCAUUGCUUGUCUGGGCUCCUGCCUGGUGAGGAGUCCUCAGCUGUCAUCUCUGCCCCUUCUCCACCCAAGUCAAGCUUAGGACCUACCAUGCCCCCUGGGUCUGUCCCUGUCCCCCAAUCCUUUCCUCCCAUCUCUUCUCCCUCCCUUCUCCAGUCUUGAUGCCUCUUUAACUCCCUACCUGGACACCCUUUUCCUUUGCUUCUAUCCUGUGAGUCGCCUACCAUUCUAGCCUCUGCUCCUUAGCUCUACACCCCCUUUGCUUCUGUUCUGUGCCCUCCAGAGUGCGGCCCCUGACACCCCCCCCCCCGUAGACCCUCCUCCACUCUUCCACUGCCCGCUUUCCCGGCUGACGGGCCUCUCCCCUCAGGUCCCGUCCGGAUGCCCUGCCCUCGGCCGCCCUGGCUCCGCCGCCCCCGAGCCCCUCAGGGCUCAGGCCCCAGCUCCCCGAGCUCACUCUCUGCGCCCCGCUCACCCGGCAGGGAGGAGGGCCAAGACGACGACGGCGAGGAGGAGGAGGGGGACGGCAGCCCCGGCUCCGGCCCCAUCCUGACCGCCGCAUCCCCUGUGGAGUGUCUCAUUUGCGUGUCACCCUUCGACGGUGUCUUCAAGCUGCCCAAGCGCCUGGACUGCGGCCACGUCUUCUGCCUCGAGUGCCUGGCUCGCCUGUCCCUCGCCACAGCGGGGGGCGGCGACGCGGUGGCCUGUCCGGUGUGCCGCGCGCCCACGCGCCUAGCCCCGCGCCGAGGGCUGCCCGCGCUGCCCACACAAUCGGGCCUGCUGCCCCGCGACGUGCGUGCGCCCCUGCCGCGCCAGGGCUCUGUGCGCUUCGACCGUCGCCGCGGCCUGCUGUACCUGCGCCCGCCGCCGCCGCCGCCGCCUGGGCCGCGCAAGUCCCGAGCCGCGCGCCCGCCGCCGCUGCCACCGCCGCUGCGCCUUGGCCGCCCGCUGUCUCGCCGCCUGUCCCUGGCCAGCCCAGCCUGGGCCUUCAACGCCGCGGUGGCGCUGGCGGUGCUGGUGGCCGCCGGCCUCGUAGUCUCGGGCGUCUACAUCUUCUUCCUCAUCCCCCACGCCGCCUCCUCCGGCCCCGUGCGGCCCCAGCUCGUGGCGCUCGCCCCGGCGCCCGGGUUCUCCUGGUUCCCGCCGCGGCCCCCGCCGGGGACACCCUGGACGCCGCUCCCCGUGGGUCCUGACCUGGACACUGCCCUGCCAGGGGCUAUGGAGGACGUGCUGGAGCCCGAGGCGGGCUCUGAGGACAAGGCGGAGGCCGAGGGGAGGUCGGACCGGCCCCCGGACCGCGUGUGGGGAGCAGAAGCCGGCCGGGGCUGGGCCCCGCGGGGACCGGGCGGGAGGAGGGUGUGGGCGCCGCGGUAAAUGCACCCGUGUUGCAGGUCUUGUCUCCAGGGCUGGGAUCCUCCGUGUCCUCCUGGUGGGGCCCUGCGAGGAUCGCUUGCCCUUGUCCUCAGGGAGGACUUACCAAGGUGCUUGGAAAGCACCCAUUUCUUUGAGGGAGGCCUAGUGAGAUCGUUCCAGGCGUCAUCACUAAGGAGCAGGGACCCUCUCAAGGAGCAACCUCUGCCUUCACUCCCACUAGGGCCCUCUGGGAGCACCCAUAACCCCGAGCAACUGUGGGCAUCAAGCUGAGGCUGUCCUGAGCCCCUCUUUGUGAAGGUCUUUCUGGGAGGCACUCCUAAACCUGAUCUCCGUGAGGGCCCGGUUGGGAGGACCCUUGAUCCUCAUCCCCCAAAGAGUCCAGCUGGGGAGCCCCUCGGACCAACAUUGGGUAGGUACCCUGCACGGGACCCCAUCAGCCCCUCCGGAGGAUCCCACUGAGCGCACCCCCAGUCAUCAUCAGACCCCGGGGGGAGAACUCUCAGCUGGCAGCUGGGGGGAAGCCUCUGAUUUAGUCAUCCUGUGGGCUCACUGCAGGUGGCUGGAGCCCCCAGUCUCUGGUGGUGAAGCUGCUACUGCUGUUGGCCCCUGGCCAUGCCCCUCUGUGGGGCCCAUCGCAGUCCUCCCCACCCCCACCCCCACCAGGGCUGUGGAGUUUAUU